AUGAGUUGGAAUGGAGCAAUGAUGUGUGAUGUUAUGCCAACUAUUUCAGAGGAUGGCGUUGUAUCAUCUCAGUGUCCUAAUGACAAUAAUGAGAUGGGUGGUGAGAAGAAUAGGAUAGAACAAUUGAUGAUGAACAUGCUCGAUGAAAGAGAUAAGCUAUUAGAACAAUUACAAGAAGCUCAGCGGAGAAUCGAUGAUCUUUCUCAACAUUUAAAAGAUGCUGAACGUGAUAAGGAAAGUUUUCGAAGGCAGUUUGAUUUACAUACGCAGCAUUUACCAACAGAACUGCAAACAUUAACCAGAGAGUUGGCUCAAUUGCGUGAACAGUUAUUGGAAAAGGAUGAAGAAAUUGUUGAAUUGAAAGCUGAAAGAAACAACACACGUUUGUUGUUGGAACAUCUUGAAUGUCUAGUUUCACGGCAUGAAAGAUCGCUUCGAAUGACUGUUAUGAAACGUCAGGCGCAAAGUCCAGCUGGUGUUUCAUCCGAAGUCGAAGUGCUGAAAGCAUUAAAAUCUCUCUUUGAACAUCAUAAAGCACUUGAUGAAAAAGUUCGAGAACGUUUAAGAGUGGCUAUGGAACGCGUUGCCGAUUUAGAAGAAGAAUUAAAAGUCAAAGGAGAUGAAAAUUCAACUUUGAAAUCGAAAAUGGCUAAAUUGUCUGCUGAAUUAGAAGAAGCCGCUCAGCAGGUAAAUAAAAUGAACGGCGCUAGUAAAAAACAAUCCAAUGGUAGCCUUGUUUCCAUAGAAUCUGCUGCUCGGCUUGUUGAAUUGCAAGAAGCUUGUGAUCGUCUUAAACAAGAUUUAUCAAAUAGUGUAAAACAAUGCAACGAUUUUGGGUCAAGAAAUGCCGAAUUGGAAAAUCAGUUGUCAGCUGCUCAGAAAGAUGUUCGUGUUGCUCAAGAACAAUCAACCAAAUUGCAAAAUCAUUUGCAUGAAAUGGAAGCUCAACAGCGAGAUCAGGAAGCAAAAAUAUCGACGCUUGAAAAUCGUUUCCUUUCAGCGCAACGGGAAUCCACUUGCCUCAGAGACUUUAACGAUGAGCUUGAGCAUCAGUUAGCCAAUAAAGAUGCUGCUAUACGCUUAAAUGAAGAGAAAAUGCGAAGUUUGCAAGAAAGAUUAGAAUUGGCCGAGAAACAACUUGCGCAAAGUUUAAAAAAGGCCGAAUCAUUGCCAUCAGUUGAAGCAGAGCUUCAACAACGUAUGGAAGCAUUGAGUGCCGCAGAACAGAAACAAGUUUCUGCCGAAGAACAAGUGCAAAGAUUGGAACAACAAGUAGAGGAACGUUCCGCCGAAUUGGAGCGCGCGCUACAGCGCGAAAGAAUGAAUGAAGAGCAUAAUCAACGUUUGUCCUCAACAGUUGAUAAAUUACUUUCUGAAUCAAACGACCGAUUACAAUUGCAUUUAAAAGAACGAAUGCAAGCACUGGAUGAGAAGAAUCGUUUGACGCAGCAAUUGGAACACACCAAGAAAAUUUACGAUCAGGCUGAACGUAUAAAAGAUCGUCUUUCACGAGACAACGAGAAUUUGCGCCAGGAAGUUGAUGCAUUACGAAAUCAGUUAUAUUCAGCUCGAACAGCGCAAUUUCAUUCUAGGCUCCACAGUGGUUCACUGGUGACUCCGAUUACUCCCGUUCUAGAAACAGGGAUGGCAGCGCCAACUUCCCAGUCAGUAGUUGCUCCAUACACGGCAUUAGGUGUUCGACGGAUACAUAAAGGUCGACUUCAAGCAUUGCAGGAUGACCCUUCCAAGGUGCAAACACUCAACGAACAUGAGUGGGACCGAUUGCAACAAGCUCAUGUUAUUGCAAAUGUGCAACAGGCUUUCUCAAAUUCUUCAUCCAUGAUGGAUAUGGCUGCUUCACAACAAAUGCGCAGUGCUCUACCUUCUCAGGGGACAGAAGAUCUAAUAAUCAGUAGCGUUCAAACCAAUCAAAGUAAUUCCACUACCAAUGCUCAUACGUUGGCAAGCAUGCUGCAGGAGCGAUUGGAUGCAAUAAAUUCCGAAAUUCGAUUAAUUCAGCAAGAGAAAUCUCAUGCAGAAAGAAUCGCUGAACAAUUGGAGAAUCGUGCUCGGCUAGGGGAUAUGCAUUUUCCUGGUGCUAAUACGGCUGUAUAUUCCCUUGAUGAUUCAAAUUUGGGCAAUCUGUCUACCCGUUCAACACCCCGAAAUUCACCUCAACAUGAUUUUCUUGGCGGAAAAUAUAAUACGGUAAUGCCAGCUGAUUCAUCAUCUUGCCUUGUACCAAAUCAGCCAAUUGAUAAUUAUAAUUCAUAUGUUGACGAUGCUCAUAUUGAUACAAAUUACAAUAUGUCACGAAGAGCUAUGAAAUUGGAUUACUCACAGUCAUCACAGGCAAAUCACCUUAAUGUGCAUCAUAGUGGAAAAGGCAUAAAGAAGCGUUCUACCAGCACAAGUGGGCUAAAAACUCUUGGUAGAUUUUUCAAUAAAAAAGGAAAGAACAAUCAAAUGUUCCGUCUGUCCGACCAAGGAGCAUAUUCGGAUAGCGAAAUGUCAUCGACAGGUGAUUGUUCACUCAUUGGUUUGGCAUCAAAAGCCACGGUAAAUGGAAUGGCAUCACAGCCUCACAUUAUAUCCGAUUUUGAUAGGAGAAAGAGGAAAAAAUGCGAAUUAUUGGAAGAAGCAAUGAAGGCGCGUACUCCAUUUGCUUUGUGGAAUGGACCUACUGUAGUUGCAUGGCUGGAAUUAUGGGUUGGCAUGCCUGCCUGGUAUGUUGCAGCAUGCAGAGCCAAUGUAAAAAGUGGUGCUAUAAUGAGCGCUUUAUCUGAUCAGGAAAUACAACGAGAAAUUGGUAUAAGUAAUCCGCUCCAUCGUUUAAAAUUAAGACUUGCAAUACAGGAAAUGGUGUCGUUAACAUCACCUUCUGCACCCCGCACAGCACGCACGACAUUGGCUUUUGGCGAUAUGAACCAUGAGUGGAUUGGCAAUGAAUGGUUGCCAUCAUUGGGUCUUGGACAAUAUCGUUCUGCUUUCAUGGAAUGUCUUUUGGACGCCAGAAUGCUCGAACAUCUUUCUAAAAGAGAUCUACGAACGCAUUUGAAAAUGGUUGAUAAUUUUCACAGAGCCAGUCUCCAAUAUGGUAUUAUUUGUCUAAAAAAACUUAACUAUGAUAAGAAAGUUUUGCAAGAAAGGCGAAAAGCUUGUGAUAGUGUUAAUAAAGAUGUGUUGGUAUGGUCUUGUGAACGAGUAGCUCGGUGGGUUGAAGAAAUUGGUCUUGGCACAUACGCAUCCCAGUUGCAUGAUUCUGGAGUGCAUGGUGCUCUUAUAGCCCUUGAUGAUACUUUUGAUGCCCAAUCUUUGGCGUUAUCAUUACAGGUUCCUCCACAAGAUACGCAGUCACGGCAGCUUCUUGAACAUCACUUUCAAAUACUUAUUAAUGAAUGUCGUCUACAUAAUAUAACUAACCGACAUAUGAUGCUCAAUACUAAUGGUAAUUAG